GUAAGAAGCAGUACACUAACAGCACUGGGAAUCUGCAUGUCUUCAGUCUACACAGAGCUGAGAUUGGGGUGACAAGAAAGUGACAGAAUGAGCGAGCUACCAGAGAUAACCCUGAAAUCGCGCCUGCUGCAGCUAAAAUGCCAUUUUACUUGGAGGCUUCUGGAAAAGGACACUGAUAUUAAUGCUUUGGAAAGCAGAGUGCACAGCCAGCUGACAUAUCUGGUCACAAAGAGCAAACAGAUGGUGUACAAUCUACUGGCCUACAUAAUGCACAUUAAAGGUGACUACACAAAAGCCAUUGCCAAUCUAGAGCAAGCAGAAGAAAAGAUUAAAGAGAACAAUCCAGAUGGAGCAGACAUAAAGUAUUUGGUGACAUUUGGGGACUACGCCUGGGUGUACUACUACUUACAGCGGUAUGACUAUUCUCAGAACUACAUAGACAAGAUAGACCAAAUUAAUAAGGAAUUACAACUUUCCCCAAAUGACAGUAAAGACAUAGCUGAGAUUUAUGGGGAACAAGGUUGGUCAUUGUUAACAUUUUGUGGACAAUAUUAUGAAAAAGCUAAAGAAUGUUUUGAGAAGGCUCUUGAACUAGACCCAGAAGAUCCUGAGUGGAAUUCUGGCUACGCAACAGCGGUUUAUCGAUUGGAGGGUUUCAAUGAUAGAAAUUUCACUGUUUCAGAAUGCAAAUCAUUAGAGCUGUUGAAACGCGCUGUAGCACUAAAUCCAGAGGAUGCUGUGGUGAAGGUACUUUUUGCAUUGAAGCUACAAGAUCUUAAAAGAGCUGAUGAGGGAAUAAAAUAUGUUGAAGAAGCUCUAGAACAAGCUUCAAACCUUCCGUAUCUACUGCGCUAUGUGGCAAAGUUUUACAGAAGAGCUGGAUUAGUGGAUGAUGCUCUGCAGGUCCUAAAAGCUGCAAUAGAUCUUAUACCUUCCUCUGGAUUUCUACAUCACCAAAUAGGACUAUGUUAUAAACAAAAGGUAAAUCAUAAAAGAAACACAUUUGGAAAGAUCCAAAGAUCCAAAAGUAGACAAAUUCACACAGGAGAAAUUGAUGAACUCAUUCAAAAAGCCAUAUUUCACUUUGAAAAAGCUCUGGAAUACAAGAAAUCCUUUGUAUAUGCAUACCUAGACCUUGCUAAUAUGUAUAUUCAAACAAUGGAAUAUAGGAAGGCAGAAGAUACAUUUGAAAAGGUUUUGUCACUUCCCAAUGCUAUAGAUGGAGAGAAACAACAGAUCAACUUUUCGUUUGGCUGUUUCCAAGAAUAUUUCAAGAAAUCUGAACGUGAAGCAAUAAAAUAUUAUAAAAAAGGCUUCUUGAUAACCAAUCCAAGCCAAUUCAGAGAAGAUUGUGGGAAAGCUUUAAAAAGACUAGCGGAAAGGAAGAUUCAGAGUGACCACAGAGAUCCUCUGGGGUUUGGUUUGCUUGGAUUUGUCUAUAAGAAUAACAGGAAUAUCCCAGAGGCAAUUGAGUGUUAUGAGAAAGCUAUAAAAUAUGAUCCUAACAAUGAGGAAUAUCUGAGCAAUCUCUGUGGUCUGGUUGAUGAAGUACAAGACUAAUGAAUUAUAAGGAAGAUAUUGUUUAUGCAACUAACAUUAUGGGACUGAUUUAAAGAUGAACAUGAAUCCAUACAGUAUAUACCAAACAAACAUGUGAUGUGCAGAAAAUUACUUGCACUGUACAGUACAUUAACACAACUUGUACGCAGAUUUAGAGUUCAUCGUAUAUUUUAUUUGCUACCACUUUCACAUUGAGUGUCAGGAGAGGGGCAUCAACAUGUACAAUAGGGGUGUGGUGAGAGAUGCAAGUAGGGUGGCCAAUCCUGGGAUCGGGAUCAGAGGGAUCAUAGGAUUUUGGCCUGGUUUGAAAACUGGGAUUAAAAAAACAGCCUGGGAUUGGCCUCCCUAGAUGAAAGUCAACCAAGUGCCCCUUUUUUUACUCACAUGUAUUUUGGAUACUGCUUUUAGAAGACUUGGUGCAAGUUUCCAAGUUGAUGAUAAUAAAAGUGGCAUCUUUGCACAGAACAUAUUAUUUAUACACUACUUUUAAAUUUGCACAUAUUGUGAAAUACAUGCAAUACAAAAUAUAUCUGAAAUAUGUAAAUGAAUGGACACAUUUUUGUAUGUACACAAAAGAUACAGUUUUGCACUUAACUCUAAAUGAGGCUCUACAUGUAAAUAUGGUCUUACUUGUAGCAAUAUUCAACUGAUAUUAUUUAAUCACAUAGUAAGGACAUCCCUAUAGUCAGAGGCGUCACUGACCUCUUUUGUACCUGGUGCGGCAGGGGGUAUGGCUUGACCUGGCACCCCAUGGGCGGGGCGGGGCUUCAUGGGAGGGGUGUGGCUAUGCGCCCCGGUCUGGGAGCUGUGGCCUGCACCCGGAGACUGGCGUGUCUGCAGUGCCAGCUCCUACAUGGUGACAGGAGCCGGGUUGCUGCUCGUAAUGUUACAGUGCAGCACCCGGCUCCUUUCACUGAACAGGAGCCAGCACUUUGGUGUCACACCUCGGCGGAUGACACCCGGGUGCAGGCCGCAACCCCCACACCCACCCUGUGACGCCACUGCCUAUAGUUGAUAUAAAGUGAAAUGACCUGAGGAGAAAGCUAACUGCUGUGGCCCAGAUACACAUAACACCAAAAUAGCACACACUCCAAUUGUGAAUUCUGAAACGUCUUAAAACUUCCUCAUAGUUGCACAAUCUGGAAAGAGUUAACACGAAUAUCAUAGAAAAAAUACAAGCACAAAGCCGGAACUGCUAUAUUGGGCGGGAUGUAAUGAAGUCUGAGUUCAGCGUUCAUGCGGGAUGCCGGCUGAACUCGGACAUUUUUUUAAAAGGGGCAAUUAUGUACAAGACAUGUGGGAUGCCAUCCUAACUCAGACAUUUUUUUAAAGGGGCAAUCGUGUACAAGGCACGUGGGAUGACAUCCGAUCUCAGACUAUUUUUAAAGGGGCAAUCAUGUAUAAGGCAUGCAGGAUGCCAUCCUAAGUCAGACUUUUUUUUAAAGGGGCAAUUGUGUACAAGGCAUGCGGAAGGCCAUCCGAUCUCAGACUUUUUUUUAAAGGGGCAAUUAUGUACAGGGCAUGCGGAAUGCCACCCGAACUCGGAUUGCACCUUUAAAAGAAAGUCAGAGUUCGGCUGCCAACCCGCAUGCCCAUCGAACUUAGACUUCAUUAAAUCCUGGCCAUAGACUAUGUUUUUCUGUGUUUUUAAGUUUGAAUACAUAAAUGGCAAACUUUUACAUAACUACAGUACACUGACAUUAUUAGUUGCAUAUGUUGUGAUAUUAUUCAAUUAAUAUUUGGGUCUAAUCUGAUAAUUAAUAAAUA